AUGGGUCAAUUCAAUUACUGGCUUAGAAAGCUUGAAGUCUCUACUGAACCCGGGCUGUCAACAGCCCAGCUGAUGUUGUCAAAUGAGGACCUUAAGCCCGUCGAAAAAGAACAGCGUCAAUGGCGAUGGCUCAAUUUUGUUGCCUUUUGGAUUGCGGACUCAUUGAACGUUAAUACCUGGAUGAUCUCUUCUUCCAUGAUAGUCGAUGGUCUAUCCUGGUGGCAAUCUUGGCUAUGUGUCUGGAUUGGAUACACCUUUUCCGGCCUUUUUGUGUGUCUCAUGGGCCGAAUUGGUGCUGUCUACCGGAUCCCAUUUGCGGUGACGAAUCGGGCCUCGUUUGGGAUCUGGGGGUCUUUCUGGCCCGUUCUUAAUCGAGCGGCAAUGGCAGUGAUAUGGUAUGGGGUCCAGGUAAUCCUAUCUGUCUCUAUUAUUGUUGAGACCCCCAUUCUAAUAUCAGCCUUUAACAGAGCUACCUUGGAGAGACUAACACUCGGUGCUCUAGGUGAAUGUGUGACCUUAAUGAUUCUGGCCAUUUGGCCAAGCUAUGCUCAUCUACCGAACUCGAUUCCUAAAGGGGCAGGGGUCACUACCCAACAAUUCGUGAGCUUUUUUUCUCUUCUGGCUAUUCUCUCUGCCAGCUCUAUGAUCCGGCAUCUUUUUACUAUCAAGGCAUACUUUUCUCCCGCCUGUGCUAUUGCCUUCUUUGGAUGGGCGAUUGCUCGUGCGCAUGGCUUGGGUCCUAUUAUCACUCAGCCUAAUACUGCACACGGUAGUGCUUUGGGGUGGGCAUUCAUUAAGAGCAUUAUGAACUGUAUUGCUAACUUCGCUGCGCUCGUGAUGAAUAACCCUGAUUUUGCACGCUAUGCAAAAACGCCGCAAGAUGCCCUAUGGCCCCAGCUCGUGACAAUCCCAGUGGGCUUUGCUAUCACGUCGUUUAUCGGCAUCAUUGUUUCCUCCUCUUCUGGCGUGAUCUUUAAACAGCCAGUCUGGAACCCCUUGACUCUGCUAGGGAUGUUUCUAGAAGAUGCGAGCUCGGCGGAGCGUUUCGGUAUCUUCAUCAUCGCGAGCGGUUUUACCUUGGCACAACUAGGAACAAACAUCGCCGCUAACUCCGUGUCCGCGGGUACCAAUCUCACAGCUCUGCUUCCUCGUUUCUGCACCAUUAGACGAGGUGGGUACCUUUGUGCAGCCAUUGGCCUUGCUAUGUGCCCCUGGACACUCGUUUCAUCUUCUAGCAAUUUCACUCUCUAUCUCUCUGCUUAUUCGGUCUUUCUCUCGUCGAUAGCAGGAGUGAUGGCAAGUGACUAUUAUUUGGUACGCAAGGGCUAUCUUGAUGUCGAAGAGCUUUAUAGUGCGUGCAAAAAUGGCCCUUACUAUGGCAUUUAUGGGGUGUCAUGGCAAGGCUAUGCCGCUUACCUCUGCGGAAUCUUGGUCAACAUCGUUGGGUUUGCUGGAGCUAUUGGAGUCAGCGUCCCCGUUGGUGCGGUGUACAUCUAUAACGUCAACUACUUCUCAGGAUUCUUUGUAUCCGGGGGAGUAUACUGGAUUCUGACCAAAAUGGUGCCCGUUCCUGCCACAAGCAACAAUUGGAACGAAAUUCCGUACCUCGCGCGAGCCGUGUCCGAUGUGGACGAGAAGAAAGCGGAAGAAGUCGAGGAAGUGGUGUGA